AUGGCGGCUGAGGAUUUUGUAAGCUGUGCUUCAGGCGAAGAGAUUGGAGAAUGUUUGGAUUCAACUUUGAAUGAUCAAUUCCUCAACGGUGUUGCAGAAUCUUCUCUACAAUCGAAAAGUCUACUAGAUUUGGAGCCUGGCGGUUUUAUUAUUUUGAAUACUGUUGAAAUGAACACAGAAAUCAACAAUGAUGGAGGAGAAAAUCGAUACAGAGAAAAGCGAAAAAAAAAUGGUAUUCGUCCGGGAGAUAACGACAAAUGGUCAAUAGCAAAGCAAUUGAUGGAAAUUGCCCUCCUGCCACCAAGCAGAGCCCAGGAGGCCACCGAUGUAUUAUCUUUGAUUUAUCAAACAGGAAAAUCAAGGGUAUUGAUAGAUUACUUCAGGAAGCAAUGGCUGGGGAAAGUUACUCCUGAGAGUUUCUCUGUUUCCAAGGAGCCAUCGGGGACUAAUAACGCACAAGAAUCUCUAAACAGAUGCCUGAACAGACUAAUAAAGGCACAAGGAAAUCCUGGGAUUUUUGGGCAGGGAUACAAACUAUCUCUAUCAGAGAUAAAUUACUUCAGAAAUAUGUCCAAAGGGAGAGAAGGGACCCACACAUUGAGAACAAAGUGUCUUCUUUAAGACAAAAACAUAAAAAAUGC